CAAGGAGACGCCGCUUCUGCACCUGCUGUCGUGGUGGAAGAAGUUGUAGAAGUAGCUCAAUUUCAACAAGAAGAACCUUCUUCUACCUCUACUGCACAAGCAGAGAAUCAUGGUAAAAGUAGAGAUUACCAUUCCAGUAAUGUUUUUACUGGUCGAGGACGAUCGUCCCACCUGUCCUCUAACACGUCUGAGCAGAAUGGCAAUUCUAGUCUGUUCGUACCCAAGAUAGACUUCCCAGAUCGUUUCGGCCCUGACCAUCCGAUGUUCAAGCGGCCACAUUCUGCAAGACUUCCUAGUUGGAAACAGUACCAGAGGGGUGAUGUUGUGGAUCAAGAAGCUGUGGAGAACGCGCCACCAGUCGUGAGGCCACCAACAGCUACACCACACUCAUCUACGUCUGCGCGAAACACUCCUCGUCAACCUACUUCUAGAGAGGAGCCCUUGCCGGACAGGUAUAGCUGGCACCACGCUUUUCUUAGUGCGAAACAGCAUCGAGAGGCAGAUAAAGCAAGAACCGUGUUGUCGAAAAAUGUUCGGGAGAAACAACAGGUUCCUGUUCGUAGGCAGGAUCAUAGCAGAUCUCCACGAGUUGUAGUAGCUUCCAUACGGGCACCUGGAGCGGAGGCAUCAAGAAAUCAGACUCGAAGAACAGGAGGUGGGCCGAGUCAUAGACGGCGGGUUGUACCGGGAGCACCCUUCUAUCAGCAUCCCGUAGUAGGAGGUGCAGCAGCACGAAGAGGGGGCGGACAUUCUGAGCAGGCGAAGGGCCCAUCAACUGAUCCUACAUCAGAACGAGCAGGACCAAGUAGAAUGCCAACAACCAAGAAAGCGAAGGUGCGUGUGCAUAAUCGAGACCUAGCACUUCAACUGUGCUAUAGGGAAAUGAAGAAGCCUUCAAUCUUGACGGACUUUCCGCACAGCCCUCAAUUUGGCCAGUAGCUUUGGCGUUGUUUCCUUUGAAUUUGAGAAUGAUCACUUGAUGUGUAGUGUAGAAUAAGUAGUCAGCAAGUACAGGUUGCAAUCAUUCACUCUCAUUCUACAGUAACAGAAUGCAUAUCCUUCUAGUCUAAGGUAACAGCAGAGUGAUAUAAGUCAAUGCCUCACAAUAAAACCUUCUUUCUAGUUCCAUUUUUGUGCAUUUUUAUAACGCGAAUAAUAUCUCUCAGUCUCAACGCAUCUUCACAGCUAGUUGUAUGAAUGCAAGUAACUGCAGUACGUCAUUGUCAAGUAUAAUGCAAGUCAUUUCUCGGGAUAUUUUGUCCCUUUCCAAUAUUAAAUGAUCAUUGACCAAGCUUUUCGAAUAAUGAACGUUAUCUCCAAGUCGUGUAUUGUAGUUUUCACCAAGCAUGAUCUUGUCAUAGGUAUCAUCAAAGUCUAAGUCAGUGAACAAGUCGCUUUGAUAUAUUCACUUUCCAUGUCCACCUGGCCUAUCAUUCACGAAAAAGUGGCCACUUUUUAUCAUAAGCAUGUUAUUGUUGUACUUGUACAGUUGAAACUAAGUAUACUAAAAAGAAAUAUGUAUCAGAAGGCCUAGCAACGCACCUGCUACCCACCUCGGCCAAAGAGGUAACCUCCAUGACAAUCUCACAACGAAUGUCUUGUUCAUCGUCGAGAAUAAUGAUAAUGAAUCUAUCCGCAU